UGAAAAUCGAAUUAAAAAUGUGUGACACUUUAUUUGAAUUGGAAGAAAAUUGUGAAUUAAACUUGUGCUAAAUUUUUUAAUCAAAAACUAUCAAAAUGUUUGUGAUUUUGUGUAUUCUGAGUCUUAUUUCAACUUCAGCCCCAUUUUGCGUCGAAGAAUGGGACGAAAUCUACGUAAUUCAUUGCACAAACACAAGUCUUGAGGAUUUUAUCUACGAUUUUGAUCCGUUGAACGAAAAAGACAUUCAUUAUCGAAGACACUAUMCRAUUGUAAUCACRGAUUCAGAUUUGAAAAAGAUCGAGUUUUUCUAUCUCCCCUUUUCGAAUCCCUCAAAUCUGAUGCGAUUAAUUUUGACGAAUUCCUCUAUUGAGUAUAUCGACGAUUUGGCUUUUGAGGAUUAUGGUUUCACCGAUUUGAUUUUGAGUAACAACAAAUUGCAAAGUUUGUCGUUUGUGGAACGUUUGCCAACAAGUUUAAAAAAAUUGUAUUUGGAUGGUAAUUAUUUCGAGUCGGUUCGAAAUGUCUUCAGGAAUUUAAUACAUUUGACACAUUUAGAUUUAAGCAAUUGUAAAAUAAAAAAAAUUGAGCCUGAUUGUUUUUCCAGUUUGAAAAGUUUAAUUUUUAUCAAUGUUAGUAACAACAGACUUGCGAGAGGGUUUUUUGUAUUUGAUUUUUCUCCAAUUCCGUAUUUCGAUUUGAGUUUUAACGAAAUCAAAUAUUUGGAUUUUAAAGGUGAUAAUUUACAUUUUGGCGAAUUGGAUGUUAGUCAUAAUCCAUUAAGAAAUAUUGAAUUUUUGAAUAAAAUUAAAUUUGGUGAUUUGAAAUUAGCAAGUAGUAAUGUGAGUAAAGACUUUAAUUUUUCAUUAUUAAACAAUGUACAUUUUUCACUGGAUUUGCAUAAUAAUAAACUGGUGACUUUGCAUUCAAACUUGUUUAAAGGCGAAACUUAUAUAAACAUUAAUUUAUUUAAUUCUUCUAUAACCAACAUUGAGAGAUUUGCUUUUAAGAAUUUUGGCUAUUUUUCUGAUUAUUCUCUCAAUGAUAAUCCACCUGUUCUCAACAUUAGUUCAAACCCAAUAAUCGAACUCAAAAAUUACACUUUUGAAGGCAGUUUUGUGAGCACUUUAGAUUUAUCAAAGUGUUCAAUUGAGAAAAUACAAAUUAAUGCUUUUUCCGGUUUAUAUUUGACAGACACUUUGAAUCUGAGUGUUAACCAAAUAUCAUAUUUAAGUGWAAAAGUUUUUAAAAACUUGACACUUGUUCAAACAAUCGAUUUAUCAUUUAAUUUUUUAAAAAAACUUAAUAACCAUUUAUUUAUCGAUUGUCAUAGUUUGAAAUUUAUCAAUUUAUCCAAUUCCAGAAUUGAGUUAAUACAAGAAAGGGCUUUUUUCGGAAGUGACAAUUUACUUGAAUUAAAUCUCGAAAAUAAUUUAUUAGAGAAAAUUAAUUUUCGAAAUUUUAGCCGACUUGAAUUGUUAAAAGUGCACAAUAAUAAACUUUCAGAUUCAGAUUUGUCCUUUUUGUGUAAUUUGUCAGCAAAAAGUGUGAUCAUGUCAAGUAAUAAAAUGCAAAAAUUAUUAAAUAACUCUUGUGCUUUUGUAAAGUCACCCGAAGAAAUCGAUUUAUCUAAAUCUUCCAUUUGUUGCAUUGAACCAAAAACAUUUCGAGGCUUGUCUUGGUUACAAAUUCUCAGUUUGCGAGAAAAUUUCAUCGAAAUAAUUUUACCAGAAACUUURACUUUUUUGAAAAGACUAAAACAACUCGAUCUUUCUAAAAACAGAAUUGCAGUGUUUUCGYAAAAUUCUUUCGCGUUUGGAAAUCGUCUAAAUCUCUUGAAUAUCACAUUUGUAAAUGCAAACUUGACAAGUCYUACAUUUAAAUGGCUGAAUCAUGUGGUAACUUUGAACAUUUCCAAUUCACAAGUGAGUUUGUCAAAAGAUUGUUUCAAGGGUCUCAAAUAUCUGGAAAAUUUUUAUUUCCYCGAAAGUCAAGUGACGGGAAUAAAUCCGGGUGCUUUUCAGGGACUAGACAGUUUGAAACAAUUUGAAAUACACACAAUUUUUAAAAAGAGUAAAAUUUUAGCAAGUGGGACUUUCGUAGGUUUGAAAUUUCUAGACCAUUUGAAUUUAUCUCUUCUCGAAAUAACUGGAAUCGAAAAUGAAGCUUUUGUCGGCCUUACAACUCUUCUCAAGUUAAGCUUGAGUGGAAAUAAAUUAACGAAAAUUGUAAACGGGACAUUUAUAGGUUUAGAUCAUUUAAAAAUUUUAGAUUUGUCUAAAAAUAAAAUUUCUAAAUUGGAAAUACUUGCAUUUGAUGGCUUAUAUUCAUUACGUGAGUUACACUUGAACAAAAAUAAUUUAACAACUUUGUCUCUCGGUAGUUUUCAACAAUUUCCCACCUUGGAAUUGUUAAAUUUACGCAGGAAUAACAUAAAUAAAAUUUUGACUGGAACUUUUUCCAAUUUGAAAUUUUUAAAAACACUAGACUUGUCAUAUAACAACAUCACGAAACUUAAAAUGGAAACACUUAUUACUUUGAGCAAUUUGCAAAAAAUUGAUUUGACUUCAAAUCAUUUGAUUCAAAUGGAACAUUUAGAUUUGAUCAAGUCUUUAAGACAAUUGGAGUUUAUAGGACUUAAUGAUAACAAAUGGAAAUGUGAUAAUUUGGUGUCAAUGUUGAUAGCAUUUCAAAAUUAUAGUGUCAAUUGGUUAUCCACUGAAAGUGCCACUUUCACUCAUGAAAACAUAGAUGGAAUUAAGUGUUUCGAUAUUUGUAAUUUCUUCUACUGUGUUGACGAAGAAAACCUCGCAUGGCGGAAUUAA